UUAAAAGAGACUUUGCAUCUGCCUUGUUUAUACACUAUAGUUUAUACAAUCAUAUCAACAUUUUUUUUACCACUCCUCCUUCACUCCUUUAUAACUUAUCAACAGAUAAAGGAAAAAAAAAGUGUUUUAAGAUUGGGGGCAGCCAUGGAUUCUCAAUUUGGAAGCUCAGAUCAGCUUCUAUUCUUGUUGUUGCAUUUCUGUUCAUUUUGUUGGUGAUUAAUAAAUUGUGGGUCUAAUUGGGAAAUAUAUUUGUGUUUCAGUCUUAAAGAGAGAUUCUUUCAAGAGAAACUGGUGAUUUGUGUUUGAGGGGUUGAAGGUGUAUGUUAAGCUGCAUGUUAUAUUCUGGGAAUUCAAAAAACUGGAGAGGCCCUGAAAUUUUUGGUAUUCCUCAUUUCUGAUUUGGGUUUUGAUGGGUGAAAUUGGUGUCCCAUAAAUUCUGAAUCUGGGUAUGUGAUUUUCUGUGGAAUUCAACCCAAUUUUAGUGGGUUUUCAGUGGUGUAUCCUUAAAUUUUCAUUUGACCCAUGAAUAAGCAUUUAUACUUUGGAAUAAAAAGGGUGAACUUUUGGAGUUGAUAGCCUUGUUGUUAUAAGUCAAUUCUGAGAGAUUCAAUCCAUGUGAUUGAUCUCUUCGUUUCUUGAAUCCUUAAAGAAUAAAUGGUUUGUUUAUGCAAAGAUAAUAGCUAUGCCAGAGAAGGCCUUGCCAUCCUCAAGGUUGCUUCUGAGCAUAACAGCAUUUUCUAUGUUCUUUCUCAUACUUUCGUCCUUCUUUCUUUUCCAUUCAGUCAUUAACCCUCUAAUACCCUCCUCGGUUUUUAAGCAAUUUAGUGACCCUAUUGCCUAUAAACCUGGGGGGAAUAAUGAACCGACGGAGCCCCUUGUUGUACCAUUGCCACCAUCUUCGAUAAAAGAAGCCCAAAAGGUAGAGGAAAUCCAAGUGGUUCCUCGUGAAACUACAAGAUUGAACGAAAAAAUCGAUGAUUUGUCGGGAAAUGAGGCUUGUAAUCAGAAUAAAGCUCUCCUAAAAGUGUACAUGUAUGAUAUGCCUUCUAAGUUUCAUUUCGGCUUGUUAGACUGGAAGGCGGGUCCAAACGAAAUAUGGCCCGAUGUUAGUGAUCCAAAGCAUGUUCCACGAUAUCCCGGUGGGUUGAAUUUGCAACACAGUAUAGAGUAUUGGCUCACUCUUGAUCUUCUGUCAUCCAAUGUUAAAAAAAUAGUUAGCCCAUGUAAUGUUAUUAGAGUAGAAACUCCAACUCAAGCGGAUUUUAUUUUCGUGCCAUUUUUUGCAUCCCUAAGCUAUAAUCGGUAUUCUAAGGUUCUUGGAAAAGAGAAAGUCAGCCUCAACAGAAAAUUACAAGAUCAAUUAGUGGAGUUUUUGAUGCGACAACCAGAAUGGAUUAAAUCUGGUGGGAAGGACCACAUUAUCGUUGCACAUCAUCCAAAUAGUUUGUUGUAUGUGAGAAAGAAGUUGGGUUCGGCGAGAUUUGUGCUUGCAGAUUUUGGGAGAUAUGGGGCUAAGACCGCUAAUUUAGAUAAGGAUGUCAUUGCUCCUUACCAGCAUGUUGUUAGGAGCAUCAGCAAUAACAGCUCAGCCCCAUUUGAGCAACGUCCUAUGCUAGCAUAUUUCCAAGGAGCAAUCUAUAGGAAAGAUGGAGGAGCUAUUCGCCAAGAACUUUAUUAUCUCCUCAAAGACGAGAAGGAUGUGCACUUUGCAUUUGGAAGUGCUCAAAGGAGUGGGGUCCGUCAAGCAAGCCAGGGGAUGGGAUCUUCCAAGUUUUGCUUAAACAUAGCUGGAGAUACCCCUUCCUCCAAUCGCCUUUUUGAUGCCAUUGUUAGCCAUUGUGUUCCUGUGAUUAUUAGUGACGACAUCGAGCUGCCAUAUGAGGAUGCCUUGAAUUACUCAGAAUUCAGUGUGUUUGUCUGGGCAUCAUAUGCUGUCAAACCGGGAUUCCUGCUGAAUCUUCUUAGGGGAAUUGACAGGGAUGAGUGGACAAAAAUGUGGGAGAGACUCAAAGAAGUUUCCCAUCAUUUUGAGUAUCAGUACCCGUCUCAGCCAGGGGAUGCUGUCAAUAUGAUAUGGCAGGCAUUCGCACGAAAGCAAUCUUCUGUAAAGAUGAAUCGUAUUGAGAGAAUAUACCGGAUGCCAUAGUGUUACUUGGGAAAUGGUUGCUUUUAAAGCUCACCCAAAAAUGCUUGAAUUCAGUCAGAAGUAUCGAAAGAUUCACUUUCCUAAUAGGGUAAACAUUAAGAUUGCUUAUAGUUUUUCUAAUUACUUGUGUAGGGAUACUUUUCCAAGUUUAGCAAGUUAUGUGAUUCCCUGCCAUUCUUCUGUCUGAUCUCCCCUUUGGAGAGACCACCAUGAUAUUAAUUUGUGGUGCAGCCAUGAAAUGUAUGAUAUCUUCCCAUUAUGAAAUUUCAUACCACCCAUGAGAUA